AUGGAUACUUGUAGGUUGUGUCUUCAUCAUUCAGAAACAUUCAUAAAAAUUCCAGAAGAAGCCCUGAGGAUAUUGCAAGAACUUCUACCAUGUUUGAAUCAAUAUUUCAUUCAAAAUCCUGGAGUGUGUGAAAUUUGUAUGGAUGACAUAAAAGUAGUAAGGAUGCUUAUGAGAAAUGGCAAAAAAAAAGAAGUCAAUACCAUGAAUAAUUCAAACAAGCAAGUGCAGAUUUCUGAGUGCAGUAUAUGUCUCACACAUAUAAGAAAUCCACAAAUCUUCCUCUGUGAGAACAACACCAAUAUUCUUCGUUUUGACCUAUUGAGAAGUAUGCUAGAGUUUUGCAAUGUCACCCUGAAUCAUAAUAUUUCUGAUAGACCUGUGAUGUGUAUAAAUUGUUGGGAACUCCUUCAAAUAUCUUAUAGUUUCAAAAAAAACUACAUGGAAGCAAAAAGAAAAAUAACAUUGUAUUGCAAUAUUUUCAAAUUGAAAGUGGAAGAUUUGAAAAAUGAAAGUUUGGGUGAAAUUAACAAAUAUUUUGAAAAUGAUAUUCCUCCAGACCUGCAGCCUGUUAUAAUAAGUGAACAUUCUGUAGAAGAAAAUCCACUAUCCUCAGAAAUUUCUUGCAAAGAGCAAAAAGUUUGCUCUCCAGAUUUAAAAUACUUGAAAAAAGAGGAUGGUAUCAAGAAAGAAAUAAAACAGGAAAUCAUAGGUUUCAAUUCACCCAGUUUUAGUCACAAUCAACCUAAAAGACAAAGGAAUAAAUUCAGUAAUGAAGAUGACGAAAUUUUAAUUAGGAAUUAUUACCAAAUCACAAAGCUUGAAAAUGAAUUCAAAUUUGGGUAUUGGCAAAAAAUUGAGAAGAUUUGGUGCAAAUUGAGACCAGCCAAACUUUUGACUUCGCAAACAAUAAGAAAUAGAAUACUAAGUAUUUUAAAUCAAAAAGGCCGGAAUGUAUUAGCAAAAACUGAGAUAGAGAAAAUCAAGGAAGAGGUGAGAAAAGAUAUACAACUGGAUGACACACUCCGAGUGCCAUCUCCAGAAAAGGAACUAGACCAUAAAUCUGUUAUUAAAAGUGAGAUAUGUACGAGAAACAAGACUUUGAAAACCAGAAUGUUAUCUGAGAAAAAUCUGGCAUUGCCUGAUGAACAAUGUGAACACAAUUAUUCACUGGCCCAAAGACCAACUACUCACAGCAGCAUCAAUUCUUCUUCAAAUGUAUUUAAAGUAGUUCCUGAGUGUUUACAACAAACCUCACAGCAAACUGAUAAUACUGGAACUACUGCUGUUGAACAUGAAUCUGAUUCAGAUGACUCAUUUGUUGAUGAAGCUGCACCUUCGAGUUUCACACCUCGAAUCAAAUGUGAAAUCCUUAGUGAUGAUGAAAUAGAAGUUCCGGAAUUAAACCUUAUCGAUCCCAAAGUGGAAGUAGAAUGGAAUGACAGUGACAACGACUCUCCACCUCAGUUAGAAAGAAUGGAUAUCCCUAUCAUGGACAUAAAAAUUGCUGAGUGUUAUAGUGUUGAUGUCAAGAGGGAAGAACUGAAUAUGUUCACUACCAAUCCAGAGGUUUACGUAGAAGACCUCAAGACAUGCAGAAGGAUAAGUUUCAAGAAUGAGAGAGAUGAUGGUUUAUUCAAGUGUAUGCAAUGUAGUUUCGAAACAAAAUACAGAUUUUGUGCAGACAGACAUUCCAAAUGGCAUGGAAAAUCAGAUGCAAAGAAGAAAAUUUACCAUUGUGAGCAGUGUCCUUAUAGAAUAACAAAUAAACAACUGAUGCUGGAACACCAGAAAAAUCAUGAAAUUUCGAAAUUCAAUGAUGAUGAUAUUCCCACAUUAUAUCCAUUCACAUAUUCGCCAGAAAAUAAGAAAUUAUUGUUAUGA